AUGGCCCAGAAAGCAGCCAAAACUCUGGCAACCCGCAAUGCCGCCGUGCUCAACCGCACACACCUUAUCACUGCAGCUCUCCAUCUGCUCUUCCUCAUCCUCCAUUUCACCUUCCAACGGCCCCGCUCCCUAAAGCCAUACGUGUUCCUUGCAGUGCCAACUCUAGGCAUAGAGUUCUACCUGGACCGCGUGGGUCGCCCGCGCUACGGCGAGGAUGGCUCGCUGCGGUCUGCGGGCGAGGAUCUUAACGCUACCGGCCUGACCGAGUACAUGUGGGACGUGCUGUAUUGGACAGAGGGGUGCAUUGUCGCCGUUUGUAUCUUCAAUGACCGGGCCUGGUGGCUGUGGGCCGUUGUGCCGGUUUACUCAAUCUAUCUGGUGUAUACGACUGUGAUGGGUGUGAAAAAGGGCUUUGCCGGCAUGGGCGGUGGCGCGGAGGGUGCGGAUCCCCAGGCGCAGAUGAGCAAGACGCAGAUGAAGAAGGAGAAGAAGGGGGAUCGGGUGAAGUAUCGGAGUCGGUAA